CAUAAAUCGAGCCAACUCCCGUCCACGAAAAACCGCGAGAUCACCUGAUUUUACAGCUUCCUCAAAGCGUAAACAUUACUACUCUCAGGAGAUGCCAAAGUUGUUAAACGGGCUAUGAAGGAAAUGUUGCAUGUUUUAUGACACUAUACCAUGUUUGAACUUGAAGACAGAAAUGCAGCGCAUCUGUGACAAGAAAACAUCAUGAUAUUGAUGAAUCGUUGAGGUCAGGUUGGCAUUGCUGUGUGGGCAUGGAUGCUUUCCUUCGUUGGUCCAAAUGGAGAAUAAAGGGAGCGACGAGGUGGAAAAAUUGAAGACAAAGUUCAUGUCAAUGUGGCACAAUGUGAAGUACAGUUGGGCACUUAAAUCCAAGACUCCAUUCAGUAGAAACUCCCCAGUGUUUCUUCUGGGAAAGUGCUAUCAUUUUAAGGCAGAAGAUGUGGACUGUCCCUCUGAAGACUGGCAUGGAGGCUCUGAUGAGAACCUUGUCAUGGGGAACGUAGAGGCUUUCCGAAAGGAUUUUGCAUCUCGUUUGUGGCUGACGUACCGGGAAGAUUUCCCUCCGCUGCCAGGCAGCACCCUGACCUCAGACUGUGGCUGGGGCUGCAUGCUGAGGGCUGGGCAGAUGAUGAUGGCUCAGGGUCUUGUUUUGCAUGUCUUGGGCAGAGACUGGUCUUGGCCAGAGGCGCUCACCAUCCAGCCCUUGGAUGUAGAAUCGCGGACCACCACAGCGGCUAAGAGACUUGUCACCUCACUGCAGACUUCUCUGCAGAGCAACCCCAGGAUUUCUGAAAGCAGACAGUCUCUUGCGCCUCAAGCCCAGGCGUCGGGAUCAGCAGAGGAAGCAGAUGCACAUUUAAAGGAGAUGUACCACAGAAAUCUGGUGUCCUGGUUUGCAGACGUCUCCUCAGCUCCACUGGGUCUGCACAGACUGGUCCGUUUAGGAAUGACGUUUGGAAAACAGGCAGGGGACUGGUAUGGUCCAGCUAUGGUAGCACACAUCUUGAAGGAAGCUGUCAAAGAAGCGAUGGAGCCUGGCUUGGCGGGUAUAACUGUCUACGUCUCCCAGGACUGCACAGUGUACAAUGAGGAUGUCAUGGACUGCCACAAGGUGCUGAAAGCAGGAAAAACCUCUGGUGAGACGGCAGAUAGUUCUCCUGCUGCACAAAGCAGCCAACUGUCAACAACCCCCACUCUGCCAGAGAACCAAGCCGUCAUCAUCCUCAUCCCUGUGAGGCUGGGAGGAGAAAGGACAAACCCGGAGUAUUUUGAGUUUGCAAAAAGGAUAUUGCGUCUGGAGUACUGCAUAGGCAUCAUUGGAGGGAAGCUGAAGCAGGCCUGCUACUUUGUGGGAUUUCAAGAUGACAGCUUGAUUUACAUGGACCCUCAUUACUGUCAGUCUUUUGUGAAUGUCAGCACCAGCGAUUUCCCUCUUCAGUCAUACCAUUGCCCCUCACCAAAGAAAAUGCCUUUCAGCAAGAUGGAUCCAAGCUGCACUAUUGGUUUCUAUUCUAGAAGUGCUCAAGAUUAUGAGAGAAUCAGGGAAGAAGUGUCCAAGUUGCUGGAGCCUUCACCGAAGGAGAAAUAUCCGGUGUUUACUUUUUUGCAAGGUCGCAGCGCAGAUUAUGGCCUGUCGGCGGGUCUGAGCACAGAGACGCGGGAAUGGCCCUUUCUGAGGGAAACACGCAGAACCGUCCCCACAGCUGGAGACUUUGUGCUUCUCUGACAGCCCAGUUUGACGGUACAAGAAAUGCUCACUCAUAACAACUCUAACUGUUGAAAUCCACUGCAUUAUGUCUGUCAGUGCUUGUCUGGAAGUGCAAACUCUGGAUUAUUCUUUUUGGGAAGUUAUUUGACAUUAUGUGGUGUUCUACUAAAUCUAAAUUCAUAUAUAUAUUUUUUUACAUGUAGAAUUGGUAAGAAAUAUGUGCAUUUUGCAUCAUUAUUUAUAUUUUUGUAGUCUGUAUGUUUAUGUCAAUGGUUCAGACAUCGUAAGUUGGGUUUCAUUUGUAAAAUUGACGUAAAAAGCAAAAUCAAACUUUGGAAGGUCAUAAAGGAAUAUCUACAAUAGAAAUAAGCACAGCUUGCACUGCUUUUGAUAGAACGUUGUUUUGCGUCUAAACUAGCUGAAGUCUGCAGUGUGAUUAUUAAAUUAAGUUUGUAGGAGUAAAUUAACAGCCAUAAGGUUUUGAACAAAGCUAUAAAUCAUUUUUAAAAUAUAUAUAUGUAUUUUCCAAAUGAAUCCCCAGGUUUUAGGAUUUGGUUGCAUUUGAUUUGUAUAAUUCUAACUCGGUCCUGAUCUUUCAGUACCAACAGUGUCAUGCAGACGUGUUUGGGAUAGGAUCUCCAGCUAGAGCAGCACCGUGCUAGUAAAUACUAAUUGGUAAAUCCCAAGUCAGGUUGUGAUAACUUAAAACAGAAGCACAACCAAAUUUGACUUGUUCAGUUUAUGAUUUAUAAAACAAAUACACAAAAUUGUAUCCAAUGACACUACAUAAAUGGUGGAGGCAUUUUAAAGUAAGCAAAAAAAAAUCAUAAAAUGGUCCUAAAGUCAGAAUUUCAAGAAAAACACAAACCCUGGCCUCAAAAUUUAAUGGUAGCAGUAGUAAGAAAAACUGUAUCUGUUAAGUAUUAUAAACACAUGGUACUGGGCAUCCUCUUCUAGACAACAUGUUGCCACUUUUGACAAAAUGCAAAAAUUUAAUAUGGUGGUAACUCAUGAUGUCAGUAAUGCGUAGCCUGAGCAAAGCAUCUGCUUUUUAAAUUUGGAAAUAGAACAUGAUUAGUUGGGUUUGAUGUUAUACCUAGAUCCAGGUUUUGACUUCAUAGGUAAAUAGACCACAGCAUUAAUAGCCGAAAAAUAUUUAUUCCUGACUCACUGUUGUCCAACUCAUCCCAGUUAUUUACCAGAUGGGUUUUUUUUUUGUUUUUUUUUUUUGAGAAAAUUAAAGGCAGAUUAAUUUAUUGAGUUAUUAUUCUUAAAGGUAUUCAUUGUUAUUACUGUAAUAAGUGUUACUACUUUUGCAGUUUGAGAAUCAUGGAUCUAGUGCUGUGAUUCCUAAACUUUGUAUGCUCGCUACACAGGCACAAUUUAAAGAACCUAUGGUUUUUAACAGUCGGUAUAAAAUUUAAUCUUUUUUUUCUUUUCUAGAUUUUACAUCAAAAGUGUAUUUCACCAUUUUUUCACCUUUCUUGUUUUGUAUAGUUUGAGUUCUGUAAAGGGUUUUUAAGACUGCACACUGAGCGAUUUGUAACACUGUGAGGUACCAAACCACUGGAAUCGCUGAUCUAGAGUAUUUACAUUGUGUACACCUUAAAUAUUUCACUUCUUCAGCACCUUAAGUGAAGUUCAAGUGCCAUUUAAAAUGGGUAGAGUCAUUAUUUAAGUUUCUAUACUUUAUAUUCUUAAUCUAGAUUAAACUCUGAAACACAUGAAGGAAAAAAUCCACACACUGAAGGAAGUUCUUCACAAUUCUGCACAGAGGUCACUUAAGUUAUAGUAGAGCUUCUUUUUAGAGUUUUUUUUUUUUUUUUUUCCCAGCAAUAAUAUAUCAAAGUCUUGUGUGACACCAUACCACCAAUGUGCUUUGAUCGCUUAACUGGAAGAUUGCUGGUGUGAAUCAUCUAUUUAUGAACAGCACAUUCACAUCAGCAUGAAUCAAAGUCAGAAAAUUGCAAUAUAAAGUAAGACACAUUUACUGUAUGAAUAAAUAUUACUUUUUAUCUAAGGUACAUUUGACAGUCCUGCUGUAAAUAUCUUUCAAAUAUUCUCUGAUGCAUUUCCACUUAUUUCCCUGAGUUCCAAUGGUAAGUGACAUUCACUGCAAUAAUCUAAAAUUAACAUGAAGUACACUAUCUAAUGUGUCCAAAUGUCAUUGUCACUAUAAAAUAUUUUCAUGUUCUUUUCUACACAAAAAAUGUUUUCUGUAAAUUAACUUCUGAAAUGUUUAAUAAAAGAGCUAAAAGUAUUUUACUUGA